CUCUCUCUCUCUCUCUCUCUCUAUGUAUGUGUGUCUGUAUGUGUGUAUAUAUAGUAUGUGUAUCACGUUUUUUUUUUUACUCUCUCUGAAAGAACAAGAAAGGAAGGAAAACAAACACCGUGCGUGUGUUCACGUUUCGUUUAUUUUCUAAUCCAUGGGCUGCCAAUCGGAGCAUAACCACGGAGACCCAUUUUUCUCAAGCUUGUAUGUUCACAUGGAUUCUUUUCAAUUCAUGGAUUCAGUUGUUAAAGUCAAUGACCAUGGGGAUUGCUCUGAAGAUGAUGCAUUUGAUGAGCAACCCCUUUCUUCAGGAAGUUCUGAUGUAUAUGACGUCUUUGGAGAACCACAGAUACUUCCUCGAGUGGAUGAGGAAUAUCAGGUUGAAAUUCCACCACAGUUUGGGUCUGACUCUCUCUGGCUAACAAAUAACCCAGCUGUUGCAGAAAACUCAGUUGGUAGUGUUCAUGAUUUUUUAGUGGGAUUGACUGUACCAAUAAUGUGGAUCGCUGAUAAAGUUGAGAACAUUCAUCAUGAACCACAGGAAGCUGUUGUUGAUUCACCUGGAGUAUCCAACAAAGAUGAGUCUCUAAGAUCUGAAUGCAUCGAAGAGACCCACAUCUUUUUGGAAGGUGGGAAUUUAGAGCCUAAAGCUGAGCCUAGAAAUUAUACACUGGACAAUGGGGCGAACUUAGGAGAAUUAGCAAAAGUAGAUAUGGAACAAGAGAUGAAAAUUAAAAUGCAUGAUUUGAAUGGUGGCAAAGGCUACUGUCUGGUUCCCGGUUCCUUGGGAGAUUCCUGGAAUGAUAUAGAAGAGCAUAGUUUUAUCCUUGGUUUGUAUAUUUUUGGUAAGAAUUUUGUCCAUGUGAAGAAAUUUGUUGGGAAUAAAGAGAUGGGGGAUAUACUGUCAUUCUAUUAUGGAAGAUUUUAUAGGUCUGAUAGGUAUCGCAGAUGGUCAGAAUGCCGGAAAAUGAGAAGCAGAAAAUGCAUAUACGGACAAAGAAUUUUUACAGGAUUGAGGCAACAGGAAUUCUUCUCCCGUUUGCUUCCCCAUGUCUCAGAGGAAUGCCAGAAUACUUUAAUGGAGGUCUCAAAGGCAUUUGGGGACGGAAAAAUGUUACUGGAAGAAUAUGUUUUUACUUUAAAGGCCUUAGUCGGGUUGAGUGUGCUUGUAGAGGCAGUUGGAAUUGGUAAAGAGAAGCAAGAUCUCACAGGCAUUAUGGAGCCUCUGAAGUCCACUCAAGUUGCUCCUGUCCGCCCGGAGAUACCAAUUGGCAAGGCUUGCUCCACACUUACACCCUUGGAAAUUGUUAACUUUAUAACAGGAGACUUCCGACUAAGCAAAGCCCGAUCAAGUGACCUCUUCUGGGAAGCUGUUUGGCCCCGUUUACUUGCAAGAGGAUGGCAUUCUGAACAACCUAAUAGUAACGAGUGUGCUGCUGGCUCCAAGCAUUCUCUGGUGUUUCUUAUUCCUGGAAUUACCAAGUUUUCAAAGAGGAAACUAGUAAAGGGUAAGCACUACUUUGAUUCUGUUAGUGAUGUACUGAGUAAAGUCGCUUCAGACCCAGUGCUUCUUGAGCUUGAAAUUGAAGAUAGAGGCAAAGAAGAAAAUGGGUGGACCGAUGAAACAAAAGUGGACCAAGAAGAUUUCCCUGAUCAGCAACGCCAUUAUUAUCUUAAGCCUCGUACUCCCAAUCACAAUGCAGAUUUAUUGAAGUUUACUGUUGUGGAUACAAGUUUGACCAAUGGGAAAACAAUCAAAGUGAGAGAGCUGAGAAGUUUGCCAUCUGGAGUAUUGAAUACUUCCACCUCAGAAAGUGAUUCUGAAGAUGAUGAUCUGGAUCAUUCCGAGGAGACAAUGGAUAAAUCUCAAUCUGCAGAUACCUCUUGCUUUGAUAUGGAUGAUCCCAGGGCUACUAAUAACAGUUUUGAUCAGGAAAUUGCUUCUAACAGUUUGGAAGAAUUAGAAAAUAAUCUUUCCACUGAGGUAUUUCGAGUCACUGGCUUUAAUCAUACUAAUGUACCAGUGAAUAUCCCCAAUGACCUGAAGACCAGUAUUCGUGGGGCCACACAGCCCAAGAAAGCCAUAAAACGCCGGUUGAACAGGAGAAUGGGAGCGGAGAAUAAGAACUGUUUACCUUCAGUUACAAAACAGCACCAAAAAUUACAUGGAUGUAGUCAAACAGAGACAAACAGCAGACAACUCAACAUCUUGCAAGAUCCUACCUUAAAACAAGAGAUACCCUGUAGCUCAGCAAAAAAUCCUGAUUUUUGUGGGAAUCCUCUUUCUCAAAUAGAUAAAUGCCUGGAGAAGAAAACAUCUACCAGCUUGUCUAAAGGUAGCCUAACCAUUGGUUGUGAAGGAAUUCUAGGUGAUUAUUCUCAUGAAGUAACUCAAUCCGGGACGCUGAUUGACUUGAACUUACCUAUUCCUCCAGAUACUGAAGCUGAUGAUCUUUUAAUGACACAAACAAAAAAAGAACAUGUUAAAACGAGCAAGGAACUGGAUGAUCCCAGUGUAGUGAAACUGUCCAAUUGUGUGGCUAAUUCUGAGCAGCAGCCCAACAUAAAAUGCCGGAGACAAAGCAUGAGGAGCCGGCCACCAACCAUUAAAGCACUGGAAGCUCUUGCUUUUGGCUUUCUAGACCCAAAGCAGAAGCGAAAGAGCAGAGAUGCCUCACCGCAUGAAAACCCAAUGUUAAGACCUUCUCAACGUGCUCGAGUUCAAGAGAGAGCUAAUGAGAAUAUUGGUACAAGCGUGGUGGAUUUAAAAGCUGAGGAAAGGGCAAAUGGGGUGUGUCAUAGUAAUAAUGGUGACUUGAUGACAAAGCUGCAGGUUUGACUCCAGGGAAAGGGGCCCAAUGUCUCCGGUUCUGGAUUAGUUUAGCUGCUGUGAUACCGAGUGACAACAUGAGAAUAUAAUUACCACCAUUCUUUGUCGUUCUCACAAGCGCUCCGAAAUAACCAGUUCAUUUGACUGCAAUAAUGACCCGUCACUACGAUGAGCAGGUAGUUCUCUCACUCUUUUAACUUGUACAGCGUUUGUGGCGUCACUUAGAGUAAUGGCCCGUCAUUACUAUAAGCAAUCUAGAUCUAUUCACAAAUGAAACAUGAUGCUGGUCUGCUCUCCAUGAGGCUGUUUUGAUCAGACAAAUCUCCUGUGGUCGGGAGGUACUGAGAAUCACGAAGCCAGGAUGAGAAAAAAUGUAACUGUCAUCUGAACGGUGACAGAGUUAAAGCUUCAGUUUCUCUAGACUUCACCUUGCAGGGGCUGUUCUGAGCAUGUUUCUGGGCAGCCAUAGUGUUCCUAGGCUCCUCGUAUUUUCGUUUCAAUCAUUGUGAUACGCCAGAAAGAGUUGUAAUUUACUUAAUAUAUCUAAUCGGUUGACUAGUGUAUAAAUCAAUUCAA